AUGUCAGCAGAAGCAGCAGCACCUCCAACAUUCAAGCUCGUUCUCGUCGGUGACGGUGGUACUGGUAAAACAACCUUUGUUAGACGUCACAUGACUGGUGAAUUCGAGAAGAAGUACAUUGCCACGCUUGGUGUAGAGGUCCACCCACUCUCCUUUGAUACAAACUUUGGUAGAAUUUGCUUCAACGUCUGGGAUACGGCCGGUCAAGAGAAGUUUGGUGGAUUGCGUGAUGGCUAUUACAUCCAAGGCCAAUGCGGUAUCAUCAUGUUCGAUGUUACCUCUAGAAUUACCUACAAGAACGUUCCAAACUGGCACAGAGACUUGGAGAGAGUCUGUGAGAACAUUCCGAUCGUCCUCUGCGGUAACAAGGUCGAUGUCAAGGAGCGCAAGGUCAAGACCGGUGCUGUCACCUUCCACAGGAAGAAGAACCUCCAGUACUUUGAAAUUUCCGCAAAGUCAAACUACAACUUUGAAAAGCCUUUCUUGUGGUUGGCUAGGAAGCUCGCUGGUAACCAAAGUCUCGAGUUCGUUGCUGCUCCUGCUCUUGCUCCUCCAGAAGCUGCGGUCGAUCCUUCUCUGAUGGCUCAAUACAAACAAGAAUUAGAACAAGCAGCUGCUGCUCCACUCCCAGAUGAGGAUGACGCUGACCUUUAA